UUUCACAACUCGAAGUGGGUUGUUAACAAAUAAAAAAAAAAAAAAAAAAACCUCAUUUUUGCUGGUAAAAGAUUACAUUUAUUUUAUUGUUCUUUCAAUAUUUUGCUUGAACAUUGCCGGCAAAAAUGGAUCGUUCAAUUACCCCCCUUCUUUGUAUCUUCCUCCUCCUUUCCGCCUCCUCCGCCGCUGCCUUUAAUAUCACAAAAAUCCUGAGCCAAUAUCCUGAUUAUAGCAAUUUCAAUGACCUUCUUUCAAAAACUGGCUUAGCUAGUGAUAUAAACACAAAGGCAACAAUUACAGUCUUGGCAAUUCCAAAUGGUGCAAUUGGUGAUCUUACCUCGAAAUCAGAAAAUGUUGCCAAGAGGAUCUUGACAACACACGUCGUGUUGGAUUACUUUGACUCAAAGAAACUCGAGCAGAUGAAGGACAAGACAACCAAAUUGACAACAAUGUUUCAACAAUCAGGGAAUGCAGUACAGGACCAAGGAUUCUUGAAUGUCACUGCUAAAGACAACACCUUUGUGUUUGGCUCAGCGGUUAAAGGGGCUCAACUUAACUCCAGGCUCGAAAAAUCCGUAAUGUCUCAGCCUUACAACAUCUCAAUUCUUGGAAUUUCUCAGCCAAUUGUGACACCUGGUCUUGAUGCACCACUUGCACCAGCAUCAGCACCAGCUCCAAAGGCGAAUACGCCUAAGAGUUCACCACCUACAGCAGAGUCCCCUGAUGUUGAAGCAAAGGCCACUGCUCCUUCCAAGGAAAAAACAAAGGCCCCUUCUCCUUCUAAGCAAUCCGCUUCUCCAGAAGCUGCUUCUCCUUCUAAGAAUGCCGAUUCACCAACGGCUGAUUCUCCUCCUUCUGAUGCUCAGGCACCAUCACCAUCAUCUGUUGGGAAAUUGAAUGUUUCCUUUGGUUUGUUUGUUGUUUUGGCAUCUAUCAUUAUAGCUUAAUUGGAAUUUUUGCUGUGAUGAUCUCCAAGAUUCUUGGAUUGUAGAAAGAAAAAUAAGGGCUGAUAAAUCAUAUACAUACACAGAAAUCUAUAUUAUGAUUUUUUAAAUGCA